CUCUUUCCCGCUCCUUGCUACCCGCAUCCCGAAUAUUAUCCCAAUACCUUCACUUUUCUUCCUUUCUGCCAAUACGUCCUCACAUUCUUUUUAUAUACCCUAAGCCGCACAUGGUGGAGACAAAUAUACUCUUCAGGCGUGUACCCAACGCGGAUACCGCUGUUCAGGCAGCACAGCAGCUGAAGUCCACAGUCGACCCGAUUGGACAGCUUGACCGGAUAACAAUAUAUGUCGGCGCAUCGCUCCAUGCCGCCACGCUCCUCUUACUUAUCUACGCGUUCUUCAAUCGCAAGUACGCACCGAUUCGGGCCAAAAACAUCUUGCUCACUGGGCUUGUGUUGUUUGCCGGAAUAAUGGUGUUUGUUGGCGAUAUUGCGACCAACGGGCAUGUGGAGCUGGUCGGUGUAUGGUCGAAAUGCAAAGUGUGGUGUCUGUGGUUCCGCGUAUUCUUCGCUUACACGUUCAGCGCAGCCAUCGGCAUCCGCACAUACGCACUAUACCGCGUGUUUGUUCAGCACCAGCCGUACCGCGGAUUUGGAUUUUAUGUGCCAAUUAUCGGCAUGUUCGCAUUGGUGCUGGCAUUCUGUUUGACGACGCAGUUUAUCAGCGACGAAAAGACCGUUAAAUAUGUGCCGGAGCUCGAGUUUUGCACGUAUGUGUGGGCUUUCCGUGGUGCCUGCCUCGGGCUUUUGUGGGUGAUCUGGCUGGUUGUGUUCUACUUUGUGUUUAUGAUCCGUAACAUCACCUCGUCGUUCAACGAGCGCAUCGAGUCGAUCGUGUGCUGCAUUCUGGCACUCACCAUCAUCCUAUUCACUACCCUGAUGCACACACUCCAUCCCGAGUAUCCGCUGAACCAAAGCUACCGGGUUGCCAACACGUUCAUCGAUUUCUGCAUGUGCAAUGUUGUUAUAGUCGUUAUCUUGGGGUACCCGUGCUUCCAGUGCAUAUUUAACCGCGAAAGAUAUCUGGAAGAUUGGACGGCAAAGCUGAGAGCCGAUGGGCUGAAGAAGGAAUACAAGGUUUCGACCAACACGCGAUCGAACACGUACCCUUACGCGGCGAUGGAUGAUGGCGAUGAUGAGUUCCAGAAGAGUCCAGCAUUCUGGGCGGCCAGAGCAUCUUCAUGUCAAUCAAUACGCACCGGCACGGGCUGGGCCAGAAUGCUCAACCUACAGUUAGCAGCUAGUAGUAGUAUGUUGAUGUGAU